UAAAUCUCACUGUAAUGGGUGGGGCAGAGGCUCUGAGCUUGACUGAGUUUUGGUUUCCCUGCUCCGGAUGCAGGAGUUGGUAAGCUCACUGCAGGGGGUGGGGAGAGGCCUCUAGAAGUCAGUUUCAGUUUCCUGGCUCCCGGCAGCAGCAAGAAGUCCUCUGCCUCUCAUCCCGCCAUUCACCGUCUCGUCGGCAGCCAGCUGGGAGCCAUGGGAAAUGGGGAGUCGCAGCUGUCCUCAGUGCCUGCUCAGAAGCUGGAUUUGUUUAUCCACGAACACCUGAAGCCCUAUGAAGCGUGUCAGAUGCUAAUCGACGGGUUGGUGACCACCAUCUGUGAAGCCCUGCAGGAUCCCAAGCAGUUCCCCCUGGUGCAGGGAGUGGCCAUCGGUGGCUCCUAUGGCCGGGAAACAGUCUUAAGAGGCAACUCCGAUGGUACACUCGUCCUCUUCUUCGGUGACUUAAAACAAUUCCAGGAUCAGAAGAGAAGCCAACGUGACAACCUCGUCAAAACUGGGCAUAAGCUGAACUUAUGUCUGUUCACAGAGUGGAUGAAAGACAGUUUUGAGAUCCAGAUGUCUGAUGAUGGGUUCACCAUCCAAGUGUUCACAAAAGAUCAGAGAAUCUCUUUUGAGGUGCUGGCCGCCUUCAAUGCUCUGGGCUUAAAUGACAAUCCCAGCCCCUGGAUCUAUCGAGAGCUCAAAAGAUCCUUGGAUAAGACAAAUGCCCGCCCUGGUGAGUUUGCAGUCUGCUUCACCGAACUUCAGCAGAAGUUUUUUAACAACCGUCCCAGAAAACUAAAGGAUUUGAUCCUCUUGAUAAAGCACUGGCAUCAACAGUGCCAGAAAAAAAUGAACGGUUUACCCUUGCUGUCUCCGUACGCCCUGGAGCUGCUGACAGUGUAUGCCUGGGAACAGGGGUGCAGAAAAGACAACUUUGACAUUGCUGAAGGCGUCAGAACUGUUCUGGGGCUGAUCAAAUGCCAGGAGCAGCUGUGUAUCUAUUGGAUGGUCAACUACAACUUUGAAGAUGAGACCGUCAGGAACGUCUUGCUGCACCAGCUCCAAUCAGUGAGGCCAGUAAUCUUGGAUCCAACCGACCCAACCAAUAACGUGAGUGGAGAUAACAGAUGCUGGCAAAGGCUGAAACAAGAAGCUCAGACCUGGUUGACUUCUCCCCAGUUGGAUAAUGAGUUACCUGCACCAUCUUGGAAUGUCCUGCCUGCGCCACUCUUCACAACCCCGGGCCACUGUCUAGAUAAGUUCAUCAAGGAUUUUCUCCAGCCUGACAAAUACUUCCUAGAGCAGGUCAAUAGUGCUGUUAACAUCAUCUGUAAAUUCCUUGAAGAAAAUUGCUUCCGACGAUCAAUCGCCAAGAUCCAGACUGUCCAGGGAGGAUCAACCGCCAAAGGCACAGCUCUGAAAAAUGGCUCUGAUGGCAACCUCGUCGUGUUCCAUAACUCUCUUAAAAGCUACACCUCCCAAAAAAACGAGCGGCACAAAAUCAUCAAGGAAAUCCAUCAACAGCUAGAAGCCUUUCAGCAGGAGAAGAAGGAGGAGCUUGAAGUCCGCUUUGAGAUUUCCAAGUGGGAGGCUCCCAGGGUGCUGAGCUUCUCUCUGAAAUCCAAAGUCCUCAAUGAAAGUGUCAACUUUGAUGUGCUUCCUGCCUUUAACGCACUGGGUCAGCUGAGUUCUGGCUCCACAUCCAGCCCUGAGGUGUAUGCAGGGCUCAUUGAUCUGUAUAAAUCCUCAGACCUCCCGGGAGGAGAGUUUUCUACCUGCUUCACCGCACUGCAGCGAAACUUCAUUCACUCCCGGCACACCAAACUGAAGGAUUUAAUUCGCCUGGUGAAGCACUGGUACCAAGAGUGUGAAAGGAAACUGAAGCCAAAGGGGUCUUUGCCCCCAAAGUAUGCCUUGGAGCUGCUCACUGUUUAUGCCUGGGAGCAAGGGUGUGGCGUGCCGGAUUUUAACACUGCAGAGGGUUUCCGGACAGUCCUGGAGCUGGUCACACAAUACCAGCAGCUCUGUAUCUUCUGGAAGGUCAACUACAACUUUGAAGACGAGACUGUGAGGAAAUUCCUACUGAGCCAGCUGCUGAAAGCCAGGCCUGUGAUCUUGGACCCAGCCGAACCCACUGGUGACGUGGGUGGAGGGGACCGUUGGUGUUGGCAUCUUCUGGCAAAAGAAGCAAAGGAAUGGUUAUACUCUCUCUGCUUCAAGGAUGGGUCUGGAAACCCAAUAGCACCAUGGAAAGUGCCAGUAAAAGUAAUCUAAACGAGGCAUUGUCUGGAGAUAGCCCUGUAACAAGCUCGAAUCAAAGAACUUCUCCUGCUGUAGCAACUUGAAAUUAACUCAGCCACAAAUAACAGGAAACCCAGCUCACAGGAGCUUAAACAACUGUUCACCCCACUAAGCCCCUACUACAAAUGAUCCUCAGACAGGCAACCCUGGAUUCAUGCACGGUAGGGUACAGAGCAGCAUCCCUGGUCUCUACCCAGUAGAUGCCACUAGCCCUUCUCUCCCAGUGACAACCAUAAGUCUUCAGACAUUGUCAGACAUUCCCCUGGGUUCACAGAUCAUUCUGGCUUUGGCUUUUGACUCCACCCUCUUUGGCUGUUGAUUUGAGUACUCAUGGCCCUGAAGGCAGCCACUGUACCUCCAGAUGGCUGGUUCACAAUCCAAGCAGGAAGAACAGAAAGGGAAAAGAUACCCAAAGGUCAAGAACACAGUGAUUUUAUUGGAAGCUGCAUCCGGCAAAUUCUCUUCCAUUUUAUUGCUCAGAAAUGUCACAUGGUUACCUAUAACUUGAAGGUGGCUACGAAGAUGACUGUGGACAUGGGUUGCAAUGGCCACCCACGGGUGUCUGCCACACCGCUCCAAAGCCCUCCCCACCUACCAAGAUAUACCUGGUGUAUUCCACCAGGAUAUCCUCCCUCCAGGUGUGCUCGGCUCUCUCCACCGGGUUCUUUCUUUAAAGCAGGAUUUCUCAACCUAGAUACUUACUCACAUUUAGGGCUAGACAGUUCUUUAUUUGGAGGCUGUCCUGUACCUCCAAACAAAGGAGAGUGUUGAGCAGCAUCUCUGGCCUCUACUCACUAGACGCUACCCAGUUGUGACAAUUAAGUGUCUUGAGACCUU